AUGGCAACAAAGGCAGCCUUCAAGCGGCUUACUCGCGAAUACCAAAACAUCCAGAAGAACCCGCCUCCAUUUAUCAUCGCUCAUCCUUCAGAGUCUAACAUUCUUGAGUGGCACUAUAUCCUAACUGGGCCUCCCGGGACUCCUUACGAGAAUGGCCAAUAUUGGGGUACUUUGAUAUUCCCUCCCGAGUAUCCCUUUGCGCCGCCAGCGAUUCGCAUGCACACCCCCAGCGGUCGAUUUCAACCUUCUACACGGCUUUGUUUGAGCAUCAGUGAUUUCCACCCCAAGUCUUUCAACCCCGCCUGGGAGGUUUCAACGAUCUUGAUUGGGUUGCUGUCAUUCAUGACGAGCGAGGAAAUGACGACGGGAAGUGUUAGUGCGUCAGAGGCGGAGCGCCGAGUGUUUGCUGCACGAUCUCGAUGGUGGAACUCCACCGGGGGCGGAUCGCAUGUCGUUGCCACGCCUGGGGUCGCGCGAACCUCAAAGGGAAUCAAUAAUGUGAAGGCUGGCGAUGGAGGACUAAAGUUCCGUACGGAAUGGCCUGAGUUAGACCAACAGAACUGGGCGUGGAUGAAGGAGCAUCGCAUCGACACCCACACGGGCCAGAUCCUACCCGAUCCCAACGCCCCUACUAAAUGCUCACCGGAAACCAGUGCUCUCCGUCGACGUCCAAAUGGAAGCACCCCUGGACUUGGAGCAGUAAUGGAGGGAGGCCAUGUAGCUCGGGAAGCCGGCCAAGGAUGGGCCCGCCGUAAUAGGGUCUGGAUCGGGUUAGCGGUGCUUCUUGGGUAUGCGUUACUCUCACGACUUGUGAGUGACGUUCAGGGAUGA